AUGACCACUCCACCGUCUUCACUCCCCUCCCCUACACCAUCUUCGGGCUCGUCCCAGAACAAGCCCCAGUCCUUUUCGUCCAUUGCCGCGUACGGCAACGCGUCAUCCACCUCUCCGUCCAACGCUAGUCAGUCGAUUGGCCCGCCCGGAGACGGUGCGCCGACCUCGGACGCGUCGUCCGACGUGUACGCGCCGGACGCGCAACAAACACCCCAGCAGCAAGCGGCUGGUUUUCAACACGCCGCCUUCCUGCCUCAGGUCACCGCGUCGCCGCCUCCUCACGCGCCAUCCUACAUCCCCCCGGCUCAGCACGCCAUGGCUCCCGACCCGAUCCACUCGCUGUCGCUGGCGGGUGGCCAGCCUGCAUCAGUCUGGGGGCCAGGAUGGCGUCCUGGUCCCCCCGGUGGCCCCGCGUAUGGCCCACAGGGCUACCCUCGCGGUGGUGCGCCAAACGGCCACCUCACACAUCAGCUCCCUCCCAACCCGCUCGAGGCAUACGGCCCCGGAUCGCGUCAAUCUAUGACAUCGACGCCCGGUGCUGGCCCUAUUGGCGGACCCAACGGGCCCAACGGACCCAACGGACCCAACGGCGCCCCCACCGGCCGCACGCAGUCGCAGCCCGGCGAGCCGCGCGACCGCAGGAGGGAGCGCCAUCGCGAGGAUGAAGGUCGCGAGCGCGAGGACGAAGAGGUUAUCAGCACCAUUUUUGUCGUCGGCUUCCCAGACGACAUGAGCGAGCGCGAGUUUCAAAACAUCUUUACGUUUGCGCCCGGCUUUGAAGCGGCGACACUCAAGUUUCCGUCGGGAUCUGCUCGCCGUGAGCCAGCGGCCGCGGCCCAGUUGCUUGCAGAGCUGCAGCAGCUGGCGGCAAACCAGGGCAACAUGGGUGUCCCGAUGAUGAGCCCCGAGCACACCGACCAGAACAUUGACGAACCGUUUGCCAACAUGAACUUUGGCACCCAGUCGUCCACUGCGUCCAACACUCCGUCUGCCGCCAUGUCAUUAACACCCUCUGCACCCACUGGCGCCACUCUUGGUGCCACCGCUAUUCCUCCCUCUGUCCCUCCCCGUCGCCAGACCAUUGGCUUUGCGCGCUUCAAGACGCGCGGCGACGCGCUCGCUGCCCGCGACCACCUCCAGGGUCGUCGUAUCGACACGCUUACUGGCGCAACGCUCAAGGCGGAGAUGGCCAAGAAGAACCUGCACACCAAGCGCGGUCCUGGCGGUGACGACCUAGUGGGCAUGCUCCUCCGCUCUGGUCGGCUGUCGCAGCUCGUCAACCAGCAGGCCCAGGUGCAGGCACUCUCAGCAGCCGCGGGGCUCGUGCCCGGCCAGGCUGGUGGCGCGCCACCUCCGCAUGCUGGCGCUGCCCAAUCCGCAAAGGAGGCUUGGGACGCUUGGCCUGCUCCUGCAGCCGCGCCCGCCGAGCCCAAGGUUGACAACAACCUGGUGGCUCCUCAACCCACGACUGGUUCGGCCAACUCGAACACCUCGGGCUCUCCCCCCUUGUCCGUCAAGUCGCCCACCGCUCGUCCCACCGACAGCAAGGCGCUCCUGGCGCUUGCUGAAGAGGCUGAUGAGCUCGAGGGUUGGUCGGUUGGAUCUGUCGGCAUGGCCGGAAUGCCACUCGACUACUCGACCUCUACUUCUGGCUCGUCGCGCGGCGGCACCGCUCCCAACGCUCCGGGCAUGUCGCCGCACGCGGGCAUGAGUGGCUACUACAACCAGCCCGGAUUUUCUUCGGCCGGCCUUUCGUUUGGCGGUAGCCAAGACGGCAGUGUGGACCCGCGCAGCUUGGGUAUUGGAAACAUGAACCCCGCCGACCAGAACCCACCGAUCAACACCCUCUACAUCGGGAACCUGCCCGCUAUUUCGCCCCCGACCCAUCCUCCUAAUUUCCUCGAGGAAUCGCUGCGGGCGCUGUUCCACCGCCGACCCGGCUUCAAGCGCAUGUCGUUCCGCCAAAAGAUCAACGGCCCAAUGUGCUUUGUCGAGUUUGAGGACAUUCCUUAUGCCACACAGGCGAUGCGUGAGCUCUAUGGCAACACCCUCAACGGUCUUGUCAAGGGCGGUAUCCGUCUCUCGUACUCUAAGAACUCGCUUGGCCAGCGGGGCAACUCGCACCAGCAAGGAAUGGGCAACUCGAUGUUUGGCGGUAUCGCCCACACGGUUGCUCUCGCCGGCAUGACUUCGGGUCCUGCCAACAACCAGCUCGCACCUGGUGCUCCCGGUGGUUAUGCCAUGGCCGCCGCUCAGCCUGUGCCCAUCGGUCCGCCUUCGGGGGCCGCGUCGGCUAACGACCCUCGCCGACCCAGCGACAUUCCCUCGUCGCUUUCGCCUACGGCUCAGCCGUUCAGCGCCCCGCUGCCCACCUCGCCUCGCUCGCAGCGCUACUAUGGUAACGAGCUCCAGACACCCACGGGAACGACGCCGCAGUCUAGCUCGGUGCAGUCCCAAUCUGCCAUGCCCGAUGGCUCGUUCAACACUUUUGCCCAAGCAACUGCUGCGCAGGGCGGCUUUUCGCCCGUGUCGUCGCCGAUCCGUACCCCGGCCUCGCUGGGCUGGGUGUCGUCGUCGUCUGGCAACACGUCGUCUGGCGCCUUUGGCGGAUUCGAUGCGUUUGCCAUUCCGCACCACGGCCUCGGGUCGCUCAGCGGCGCAGCAAGCGCAUGGGGCCAGGCCAACUCCAACACGUCGGCAUAA